AAUACGAAUACGAAUACCUAUAGUGAGUUAAAUGAGCGGUGCCAGUGCCAAUGGUGCCGAGUCUAGUGGCUAUAAUUAAACAUUUGAGGCAAAGACUCGUAGCUGCUCGCAGGGUGCUCGGGAAAAGUACUGCCGCUGUUCGUACGUAGCUGGCCAAAAAGAAAUCCUAAUUUAAACGCACAAACGAUUUAAAACGACACAAAGCUUUACAUAUCAACGGCAUCAUCAUGGAUCCCGAAGCAUUUUUGGAUAUGGCCAAUCAGGUCAUAAAACUAAAAAUGUUUCCAUAUUUUGACAUUGCACACAGUUUAUUGGCGGCGCUUGCUGUACGUGAAGAUUUAGGUGCCAAUUCACAAGUAUUCUCGAGGAAACAUCCGCUUGCAUGUUGGUUGUCAACUAUGUUGGUUAUCUUUUCCGGCGGUAUGGUUGCCAAUGGACUUUUAGGUGAACCUAUUUUGGCGCCUCUCAAAAAUACACCACAGUUGUUAGUGGGAACUGCUGUGUGGUAUUUGGUCUUUUAUACUCCAUUUGAUAUUGGCUAUAAGGUGGGUAAAUUUCUUCCCAUAAAACUUGUGGCAAGUGCUAUGAAAGAAAUUUAUCGAGCUAAAAAGAUCUAUGACGGAGUUUCACAUGCUGCAAAAUUGUAUCCAAAUGCUUGGGUUAUAAUGAUUAUUAUUGGAACACUGAAAGGAAAUGGUGCUGGUUUCACAAAACUCUUGGAGCGUCUCAUCCGUGGCGCCUGGACACCAACUGCAAUGGAAUUCAUGCAACCAACAUUCUACACUAAAGCAUCAGUAGUUGCUUCGAUCAUCUUUGUUUUGGACAAAAAGACCGAUUGGAUCUCAGCGCCACAUGCCCUGGUCUACUUCGGCAUAGUCAUCUUCUUAGUGUAUUUCAAAUUGUCAUCGAUUUUGUUAGGAAUCCAUGAUCCUUUCCUGCCAUUUGAAAAUCUACUGUGUGCUAUUUUCUUCGGUGGCAUUUGGGACAGUUUGGCAAAGAUCUUGGGUCGUGGCCAAGUCAAGGAGGGAGAUUCUAAAGACGUAAAGAAGACCAACUAAUUUUUUUCAGUUUUAAUUUUGAAAAAUAAUGUAAAACAAAGUGCAAUUCUUUUUUCUUAAUUAGGUUCUUCUUUAAAUUUAAUGUAUAAUUUUAAAUUUAUAUUUUAUGUAUAACAGUCCUUGCCAACAAAUUAUUGUUUUUGUCUUAAAAAUCAUAAGAUUUAAGUUACUAGCCCACAUUUGUUUAAAUUUUUGUCAUCUAGUCAAAGUGUCGCUCUUACUGCUGGACAUGUUUAGUGGGUAAAGUGUCCUGCAGCGACAGUGACACUUUUUUUUUUAUUAUAAUCUUGUAUUGUUUCCAUUCAAUAUUUGUUUUAGUUUUAUUUUAUUUUUCAUUGUAAAUUUGUACGAUAGUUGAAAAUUGUUCAAUUUAAAAUUAAUUCUAAGUAGCGACAGACGAUAUUUUAUAAAUAAGCUCGACGUGUUUUUCCUUUGGAAAGAAAAUAAACAAAAACAAGAAACAAACAUAUUAUAAUCGCAUAAUAUUAUAUUAAUUAUUUAAAAAAUUGAAAAACAAAAACAAAACAUGCAACACAUUUUUUUAAUUCAAUAAAGAAAAAAAAACAUUUUUGAGAUAAAAAACAUCUAAAUAA